GCUCCACAUGCACCCGCCCCGGACUCCCUCACUCGUAACCGCGCCCGGCAUGGAGGAGCGACCGCCGCACACAGACUCGCUCGCUGAGCCAUCCUCGUCCCGCACUGGCGGUCAGACAAGCGGGCUCUCGUCCAGCUCGCCUCCUAGCACGCCGGACGUCGAAACGCCCGAGGAGCUCUCACGCGCCGCCUCGCCUGGGUCAUUGCGUCCGCCGCAGGGUGCUCCCGCACUCAGCGACAGUGAUGCGCCUUCCGCUCCAGCAACAAGCACUGCCGCACCGACGACGGACGAGCUAGAGGCCUUCCGUCGCGCAUGGCAGUCAGAAGUCAGCGAGCGCAAGCGCGCCACCGCAACGGCGCCCUCGCAACCGCCGCCUGUGCCGCCGCCGCUGCCGGCAGACAGCAGCGCCUCAGCGCCGCUCAGCCGCACAGAAGAGCACGAGACUGCGAGCGAUGACGAGGAAAACGCAGCAGCAGACGAUGAGCAGCCUCACUCGCACGUGUGGCCGACAGCUGGACCCUCUUCGCCGCAGCGACCACGCACCCUGCCCGACCGAGCUCUGGCAGAGGCGCUGCUGCCGCCACUGCCGGCUCCAGCAUUGGCGCCCGAGCUCCUCGCAGCUCGCGCAGCUCGGGCGCGUGAACACGCAAAGGCCGACGCCAAGGUGCUGGAGAGCGAGAAGGGCCGGAGAGAGAUGGAGGAGGGCGUGAGACUGUACGCGCGUGGCGUGGGCGCAGAGCGGAGAGGCGAUACAGACGAAGCGAUCCAGUUCUACCGCCGAGCCUUUCGGCUCUACGAGGCUUCAGACCGGCUGUACCAGCGCGCGGUGAUCCUGCUCUCCUCGCGGCCCGCCGACGAUCCCGAUCAGCCGAUCGAUCCCCUGCUCUCGACGGAGGAAGUCGUCUCUGCGGUCUGCUCCGCGCUUGAGACGUCCCCGUCGGACGCCACACGCAGCGCCACCCGCACCUCGCCUGACGUGCCUCGCGCUCAGAACCAUGCUGCACCGGUGCAGAGCGGUGCAGUGGGCAAGCGUCUGCCGCUUGUUGCGCCUGCCGCUGCGCCGCCCGCUCCGAUGGCUGCUAUUCUGCCCGACGACCAGCCUGAUCUCGCAGAGCUCCUCUCCAAGCUGGCACUUGCCGUGCCAUCCGACGAUGCGGAAGCAAGCCGAGCCAUGCCAGCGGCCUCUGCCGAGCAUGCAGCCUUGCGAGCCCGCUUCACGCCAGAAGACGAGGAGCAGCCGGUCUUGCUCGAUGUGCUCCCGGACGAGGUACUGCUGCUCAUCUUCUCGCACCUCGCCGCUCCGCGCGGCAAGCGCGGCGCCCGCAUCGCGCCCGUGCCGCCAGGCGAGCCGCCGAGUCGCAGAGGCAUCGGCGUCGUGCUGGCGGGUCCAGACUGGAUGAGUCUCGAGACCGCCGGCCGGACGUGCGUCACAUUUCGCCGCUUGACUGCAGCGUGGAGCAUCUGGCGAGACGUCGCGCGGGACACGUUCUUCGUGCCGCAGCUGCCGCCAGAGAUUCCGUUCGAGACGCUGCCGCAGCUGCUGGCGCUCUCGCAUUGGCGCGAUGUCUUCGUUGCGCAGCCCCGCCUGCGGCUGAAUGGCUGCUACAUCGCCGCCUGCCACUAUACGCGGCAAGGCAUGCAUCCCGACAAUCGCUGGGUGCAGGUCGUGCAUGUCGUCGAGUUCUACCGCUCGCUGCGCUUCCUCCCCGACGGGCGCGCCCUCUCGCUCCUCACCACCGACGUGCCGGCCGACACGGUGCGGACAAUGGAGCCCGGCUUGCGCGCCAAGGGCUUCGCCAUCGGUCGCUGGUCGCUCGAGCCGCUCGGCCUGGCCGACGACGAGUUCUACGGCCGCGCGCCGGGCCCCAAGGUGCUCAUCGAGGACCUCAAGGACCGCAGCAUGGAGAAGUACGCCUUUCGCAUGGUCUUUGCGCUCAAGCAGACGGCGCGCGGCCGCUGGAACAAGCUCGAGAUGCUCGACUACGAGUCGGUCAACCUGCAGACGCGCGCCGUCUGCACCAUCCCGCAGAAGCACGACAAGGCGUUCCGCUACAGCCCGGUGCGCUCGUACGGCGUGUAAUGCUAUCACGCAGUCAGACGCAAUGUG